GUUCAUUUCAUCUCUCAAGUUUAGUAUAGUUUCUAGAGUAUAGUGGAAUAGAAUUAGAAUAGAAUCUUCAGUCCUCGGAGUCUUUGGAAGAAUUCAGGGUAGUGCAUGACUAGUUUCAACUUGCCAAAAAAUUUAAAGGAGAAUCCAGAAGUUUUCUUUCGGAGCAUCAAGCCGCAAGUCGUUGCUCCGCAGAAAACUCUUCCGACACAAAAACCAGCCAUACCAGCGCCACCAACAUUCAAGACUAUGGCUGACAAGACCCUACGUGAAUUCCCUGCUCCCUUCGCUAACAACGUGGCCACUGGGCCGCAAAUCAACAUGGGAGACAUGGAUUUCGAUCUGAAGUCCAGCCUCAUUACGAUGGCGCAUGCUAGCCCGUUCUGCGCUAAGCCUAAUAAGGAUGCCAAUGCACAUCUACAACAGUUCCUGGAGAUCUGCAGCACAUACAUAGUGAAGGGCAUCAGUCCUGACGCCGUCAGGCUACGAUUGUUUCUGUUUUCCCUCCUUGGAAAAGAGAAACAGUGGUUUUAUGCCAACCGUGUCACGAUCAACAUCUGGUACAAAUGCUCAACGGCAUUCCUGUCAAAGUUCUUCCCGAUGGGCAAAACCAACGCCCUUCGUGGGAGAAUCCUAAGUUUUCAGCAGACGAGGGAUGAGUCCAUUAAUGGGGCGUGGGAACGACUUCAGGAAUAUAUGGUCGCCUAUCCUCAUCUUGGGAUGGACGACUGGCUGAUUUUGCAAAAUUUUUACAAUGGACUCACUCCCACGUCUGGGACCACCUGGACGCGGCAGCUGGAGGAGCCUUUUUCUCUAAGACGGUUCGAGGAGCCGGCGACUUGAUAGAGAAAAAGGUCUCCAUUAUGGGCUUUUUGACGCGAAAAACACGCACUGGCCUGAGAGAUCUACUUAACUCUAGUGUAGGUCCAAAGAGAUUGCCUUCAGAUUUUGAGCGUGCCAGUUGGUUUGAUCCUGCAACCAACGAUCGGCUGGAUUGCCGAUGACAUAUCGUUCAAAGCCAAGCUGACAUAACUUGCAUUAGAUCAGUGAGGGAAGAUAAAGCGUAGAGAUUAUUAGAUAUACUCGAUCGGCUGUAGAUGUCAGCAAUACACAGUCUAUCCAAUGAAAUACAUUUAAACCAAGUGAUUGGGAUA